AAAGGUUCAUUUGUACCAGGGAACGUAGCCUCUCAUAGUUGUCGUUGAUCCACACGUUCUCUUCUGCAAUCCUGCGGCAUUGGUUCAGUAUAUGGAGCGCGUAGCCAUUCUGGAUGCUGGUGCUCAAUAUGGCAAGGUUAUUGACAGGCGUGUCAGAGAGCUACUUGUGUGUUCAGAAUUGCUCCCAAUUAAUACUCCCGUAAACAAGUUACUGGAAUUAGGAUACAAGCACGUUCUGAUUACUGUGGAUCAAUUUUUAGAGCCUUAAUAAUAUCUGGUAGCCCGGAUUCCGUCAGUUUUCAUGGGGCCGCUGAGUGCGACCCGAAAGUCUUUGAAUCGGGCCUACCAAUCCUCGGUAUUUGCUAUGGGAUGCAUCUAAUUAAUAAAGCUUUUGGUGGUCAUGUUUCUAAGGGAGAUAGUCGGGAAGACGGUCAAUUUGUGAUCGAGUGCGAUACGGCUUCACCGCUUUUUAAAGGCCUAUCGAAGUCAGAAAAGGUGCUGCUAACCCAUGGAGAUCACUGCGUUACCAUUGGCGUUGGAUUAUGUAUUACAGCAAAAUCUGGAUCCUUGAUUUCUGGUAUUGCAAAUGACGAGAAAAAAAUUUACGGUGUUCAGUUUCACCCCGAAGUAGAUCUUACCCCAUGCGGCCGGAAGAUUUUGAAGAAUUUCUUGUAUGGAAUUUGUCAUUUCAAAGGCACUUACCAACUUAAUGAUCGGCUUCAAGAAUGCAUGGAUAGGAUCCGUCAAAAAGUGGACAAAAAUAAGGUUUUGGUUUUACUCAGUGGAGGCGUCGACUCAACUGUGUGCGCCGCUGUUCUGGCUCAGACUUUACAUCCUUCUCAGAUUGUCGCCAUCCAUAUAGACAACGGUUUCAUGCGGAAAACCGAAUCAAAAGCAGUCAUCGAUUCUUUGAAUGCAUUGGGAAUCCAAGUCCACCUCAUUGACGCCUCAUCUCGCUUCCUAUCGGGAAUGGCUACUGUCCAGGUGCAUGUCAAAACGGAAUGCCUUGCUCCAGCUACUAUCAUGCCCUCUAGGAGCCACUCCGAAGGCGCUGUCAGUCCGAUUGGGUCGGAUGGAAGAGAACAAAAGACAGCAGCUUUGGAUGAAGUCCUUGAUAGCAAGUCAAGCGUGGUUUCGGCAGCUCAACUCUCUGACCAUACUUUUCGCAAACAUCCGUGCCAUACCGGAGGCGCCGUCACUACUCAUUGUGAGAUUCGGAACAUCCCUAUCGGGCCACUUAACUUGUCCACGAUUGAUCCGGAACACAAACGUCGGAUCAUCGGCGACAUGUUUGUACGCGUUGCUCAGGAAGCUUGGUCCUCGUUGAAAUUGGACUUAGACACCCUUAUUGUCUGUCAAGGCACUCUACGUCCUGACCUUAUCGAAUCCGCGUCGCAACAAGCAAGUCUGAGGGCCGACGUCAUCAAAACGCAUCACAACACAACAUCUCUUGUUCAGGAUCUGCAAAAGCGCGGUCGUGUCGUCGAGCCGCUUGCCGAUUUUCAUAAGGACGAAGUGAGGCAGCUUGGUCGACAGCUCGGGUUACCGGACGAAAUUGUCAACAGACAUCCAUUUCCAGGUCCCGGACUGGCUAUCCGGAUAAUCUGUGCAGUUGAGCCGUAUAUGGAUCGGGAUUUUUCUGAGAACACAAGUUUGAUAAAAAUGAUUGCAGGCUACCACAAGAUGUCUCAGAAGCCUCAUGCGCUGCUAACCAAAAUUAAUACCGCUCUUCGUGUGGAUGAGCAACAGCGACUGGCAGAGAUCACAGUACAGCGUACCUUGGCUGCACACCUACUUCCCAUUCGUGCUGUCGGAGUGCAGGGCGAUUGUCGAACAUACAGUCAUGUCUGUGCUUUGUCCAGUUCCUCGGCUCCCGACUGGGAUGCUCUCUCAUUUUUGGCCCAUCUUAUCCCACGAAUUUGUCAUAGCAUAAACCGAGUCGUCUAUGUGUUUGGGCCCCAGGUAGCAUACCCAAUCAAUGAUGUGACCGUCACUUACUUGCGCGAUCCCGUAAUUGAAACACUGCGGGAGGUUGAUGAUCGUGUCAUGGCUGUUCUACGGCACACUCAUUCCUUGGACAAGGUCGCCCAACUUCCCGUCGUGCUCUUACCAAUUCACUUCGAUCGGGAUCCGAGUCAGAUGGUCACUCUGCCCUCGAUCCUCCGUUCGGUAGUACUCCGACCAUUUAUUACAUCUGAUUUUAUGACAGGAUUGGCCGCGAUCCCCGGAGUUCAUCUUCCUGAGGAAAUUGUUAUGCAAAUGCAGAAAGCCGCGCAAAGCGUUCCAGGCAUUUCCCGUGUUCUCUACGACCUGACAUGCAAGCCUCCUGCUACCAUUGAAUGGGAAUAGCCUCACCCACUCGACCCCCGUGAAUUUUCAGUCCGGACCAUUAUAAUAUUCAUUGUCGUCUCGGAGGUGAAGGCGAUGGUUUUCAGUCCUUGUUCUACAGAAAACGUUCCGCCUACUUCCGGUUUUCCUCUUGACGCCUUUUGUCUAUCGUCACUUGUUGAAUUCCAUACUUCCCCCAUUGGCUAUAUUCAUGGAAUUCCACUUUCACCUCUCCUGCGUCACACAAAUAACUCUAUCACUACAUCCGUCUUUAUUUCAUCAUUACCUGCAUCGUACCGCUGGGCUUUAAUUUUAACCUCGAACAAUCACAGCGAACUCCUUUGCAUUCUAGGUAAAAGCAUAACUCAACCGGGC